CAUCAAAAAUGGCGGAAAUCAUGGUCAGCGUGCAAGCUUACUGCAAGCUUCUUUUGCACGCAGCUAAAUACCCACACUGCGCUGUGAAUGGAGUCCUUUUGGCUGAAGAUUCGAAGGGGAAAGACCAUCGUGGCAUUCGUUUUGUUGAUUGUAUACCGUUGUUUCAUAUAUCACUGAGCCUAGCGCCUAUGCUGGAAGCUGCUCUUUUGCAGAUUGAUGCAUAUUGCCGAAGCAAGGGCUAUGUGAUAGGAGGGUACUACCAGGCGAACCAACACUACAGUGACAACCAAUUGAAUCAUAUGGCCAGGACAAUUGGGAGGAAAGUGGCAGACAACUUUGCAGAUGCUUGUAUAUUUAUGAUAGACAACAGACAUGUGAGCCCAGAGUCAGUGUCCCAGGUCUUCAAGGGAUACUCUCUUCGAGACAACGCUUGGAAGGAACUAGAAAAGAAACGAGUUGUUGAAGAGGACGCAUUAAGUGCAGCAUCCACAUUAUUAAAAUCUGAAUCCUACAAGAAAAUAUUGGACUUUGACAAUCAUUUUGAUGAUAUAAAACACGACUGGAGGAACCUAGAGCUGAACGACCUCAUCAGUCGCUGCACAUAACUCCACCUUCAGGGAUCUGUGAAUAAUCCUGUAAUAUAUGUUUUCUGGACUGGUACGGAGAGACUGUGAGAGCGUGGGUCAGUCGGUGACUCUGGACGGCGUCACGUUCAAGCUGUUACCAGAAAUAAUUGUGUAUAUGCAUGGUGCAUGGUUCUCUGAAUCUGGUUGUAUGGUUGCAGGCGAAUGUGAGUGAAGUUGCAAUAUUCACAGCUAUGUAACGUAACAGUUGUCUCCCCUGUUGUAAACCUAUGUUUAAAUCUUUACAAAUGUUGUGGUUCUGAGUGCUCAAACAACUCAUUUCUGUCAGACAAGAAUGAAGUAAUCAUUAUAUAUCUGUGACUUAACGAUAACUUGAAACAAAUAUCCAUGUCAAAACACAUUGCCCUAUGCACUUAUGACUGUCAUUUGAUGUGAGGAUCGGAAUUUAUUAAUUUAAUGACAUUUCUCUCUUUUUAUUAAUAUUUAUGUAACAUUUUUUAAGAUAUACAGUUGUAUGUUUAUUCAAUUUCCAUGUUUGUCAUUAAUUUUCAUUCAAUAUUAGUAUCGCCAAAAAAUAAAGGACUAUAUCAUUUGA